AUGCAACAACAAAUAUUUCAAUCUCAACAUGUGUCUAACUUAGAUAGUUUUCCUAGCACAGCAACUUUCGCAUCUAAAAUGAUUGAAAAAGAGGAUGAAGAUAUGUAUGUUAAGAUUGAAAUUGCUAGGUUAGAGUAUUUUCGUAAUAACCAAAAAAAAAAAAAUUGUGCUGAACUAUAUCAAGCAAUUGUAGAUUGUGUUGAAAAUGAAGAAAUGAGAGAGUACAAAAUUGGAAGAAAAUUUGUCUUACCACAAUCUUUUAUAUGUAGACCUAGAGACUUGCUAAGAAAAUACAUGGAUGCGAUGUCUAUUGUGCAACGUUAUGGAAAAUCAGACAUAUUUUUUACUAUGACAGAAAUUGCUAAAGUACAUGCUUUACAAGAUAUUGGUGGUCUUCUAAAAUCAUUGGGUAUAAAUAUAAAUGAUUAUGAAAUAGUUCCAUUCAAUGUAAAUAUAGAUGAGAUGAAAGAUUGA